CUACAUGUUAUAUUAGUACUAUUCUUUCCACUGAUGUAACGUCAGUAUUUUCAAUUUUGAGAAGAAUAUGAAGUCGAGAAAAAAGAAGAAUAAUAUGAACUGACCUUUCUUAGUAUUAACAAUGAGAUAGACAUAUUCUCUAACUGUAUUCAUCCAUUUCCGAGGGGGAAAGGAUAAUUUUUGAGUGGUCCAAUAUUUUUGUGGCUUCAUUUCUGCCAGAUUUCUGCUUAAAUUUUGCACAUAGCCUAAUGUUGAUGGCUUUUGGUUUCUUCUGAAGCCUUCUUGUAUAUAUUAACUACUUUGUUGGGGUUGCUUGAUGUAGGCCUGAAGAGUGUAUUUGCUGCCAACUUUAAGAAGUUCUAAAAUGGGUGAACUCUCAGGCCAAGAACCUCUUCUUUUGAGGAAAGAAAAUGAAUUUGAUUAUCUCAAUAAGACACCAUUUUGGGUAUCAUUAACAAAAUUAAUUCUCAAAGUAGUAAUGUGGGUGAUCUUCAUUGCAUGGGCAACUUUUAUUUUCUUAUCGCCUUCUAAAUUCAUGAAUGAUUUGCAAGGGAAAUUUAUUCGAGCCACCCAAGGAACUAUUUUUGGGACUACAGGAAGUAUAUUCUUGAUAUUCAGUUUCCCAAUUUUCAUGAUUGCAUUUCUUGCAAUUAUUCGCAUCGUUCUCUCUGGUGAAGAUGAACACCAAGUGAAGAAGGCUGCAAAAAGUCCAAGUUUUCGGUUGUGGACAUUCCCAGUGCUGGUGAAUGGACCAUUUGGGGUUGUUACAGCUGCAGAAAUGAUUGGAGUUAUACUCUUCUCAGUGUACAUCGUCUGGGCUGUUAUUAUGUACAGUAUACAAAAUGUUGACCUCUUAUCCUUGUUUCAUGUACAAGACAUGAAAGAGAAAAGUGCUCUGUUGCUGGAGCUUACAGGCCUUCGUUUUGGAUUCAUCGGAUUAAUCUGCUUAGCAUUCCUGUUUCUGCCUGUUGCACGUGGUUCAGUUCUUCUUCGAGCUAUAGAUAUUCCUUUUGAACAUGCCACUCGAUAUCAUGUUUGGCUGGGACAUCUUACUAUGGCUCUUUUUAGCCUUCAUGGUCUGUUCUAUGUGAUUGGCUGGGCAAUGCGGGGCCGCCUUGUGGAGGAACUAAUCCAGUGGAAAAGCGUAGGAGUAGCCAAUCUUCCAGGGGUUAUCAGCCUUGCAGCUGGUUUAUUAAUGUGGGUGACUUCACUUCCUGGAGUAAGGAGACAAAACUUUGAACUGUUCUUCUAUACGCACCAAUUAUAUGUGGUGUUCGUGGUGUUCCUGGCCUUGCAUGUUGGUGACUUCAUCUUCAUGAUAGCUGGUGCUGGAAUCUUCCUUUUCAUGCUUGAUCGGUUCCUUAGGUUCUUCCAGUCACGAAAGACUGUUGACAUACUUUCAGCCACAUGCUUUCCAUGUGGAACCGUUGAACUAGUUCUUUCAAAACCUUCGAAUUUACGUUACAACGCCCUUGGCUGGAUAUUUUUACAAGUACCCGAGUUGUCCUGGCUGCAGUGGCACCCUUUCAGUGUCUCCUCUAGUCCUCUUGAUGGGAAACAUCAUCUUGCAAUUCUCAUAAAGGUUCUUGGAGAUUGGACCGAAAAACUGAAGGAACACAUCUUGAAUCUUUCGGUUGAACAACCUGAGAUGGAGCCCCUUUUGCAGCAUAAUAGGAAGAUAACCGCAUCUGUUGAAGGUCCUUAUGGGCAUGAAUCACCAUACCACUUAAUGUAUGAAAAUCUCAUUUUGGUAGCAGGUGGAAUUGGAAUAUCACCUUUCCUAGCGAUCUUGAGUGAUAUCCUCCACCGUAUCAACGAUAGCAAGCCUUGCCUGCCGAGAAAUAUACUAAUAGUAUGGGCUAUAAAAAAGUCAGAUGAGCUUCCACUUCUUGAGACAGUUGACAUGGAGGCAAUUUGUCCACUUUUUUCUGAUAAACUGAAUCUUGAGAUUCAAACAUUCGUGACUCGGGAAUCACAACCUCCAUUGGAGGAGGGUAAAACAUCCAAAGCAAUGAACCCCUCAAUCUACCCUGGCUUCAAGGGAUGUCGAAUGUCUGGUUUGGUUGGUACUGGAAAUGUUGUAUGGUCUGGAUUGUAUGUCAUAGUAUCCACAAUUGGGUUGGUGAUCACUAUAGCAUUAUUAGACAUCUUCUACAUAAAUCCACACAAUAUAUAUUACUGGUGGUACAAGGGGCUUUUGUUGAUUGGAUGCAUGGUUGCAAGUGUUGUUAUAUUUGGGGGUCUCGUGAUCGCUUUAUGGCAUCUUUGGGAAAAGAAAACCUCACUGAAGGAGGAACCAGAGGACAGCACAAAGAAGAUCGACAUCCUGCAGCAGAAUGAGGCCUCUUUACAGAAGAAUCUUGAAGAGGCUCGAUCUGUUAAUACUAUCCUAUAUGGUGAAAGACCAGAUUUCCAAGAGAUAUUUGGAUCACAUGCAAAGAGUUGGGGAAGUGUAGAUAUUGGUGUGAUAGUAUGUGGUCCUCCUACUCUACAGUCCAGUGUUGCUAAAGAGUGCAGAAGGCAAAACUUGCAAAGAAGAGGCCAUCAGGCUAUUUUCCAUUUCAAUAGCCACAGUUUUGACCUCUAAAUCACCCCAGUAAGCAUCCGAUAGCUCGUAUUAGGAGGAGUUGUUACUGCUCUAAUGGGAAAAAGGAUCAUAUCAGCUUAGAUUAUCUCUGAUCAUUGUAGCAUGUAAGCUUAUAUCUGUAAUAAGCUUCUUGUACAUUUUCAGUCUUUGUAAAUGCAGCUUUAACGAUAUAAAGUAUAUAACAAGAUUGUUAGUAA